CACGAAUGAACCACGUCAACCCUGUACGGUAUAUCUCUUUCUGUGCUCAGUUUCCCUCUGCACCGGUCACCUGGCUGUCUCGGGAGAGAUGGCGACCUCCCAGAAGUUGACAGAACACUUCCUGACAUGCUCCAUAUGUACAGAGGUGUUUGACAAGCCCUGUACACUUGUGUGUAAUCACACCUUCUGUCGGAAAUGUGUCGUCAACUACACCAAAACCAGACGGGAAGCCAUCAGUGCCAAGUCUCUCCUGUGUCCAUUCUGCAGGAAGAUGACGAAAGUGUCUGACCCCGAGAAACCAGUGGAGGAGUGGGCGGAUGACGUCCAGCCUAUCUUUGUCAUCCAGGGACUGUUGGACUCGUUUGGCCCCGGAUCUAAAGAUACAACUAACUGCAGUUAUUGCAAGGAGGAAGGGGAGACAACUCCAGCUACAUCUUGGUGUUCUGUUUGUGACGACGCACUAUGUGAACGAUGUACACGGAUGCACCAACGAAUCCCCUCUUCCCGUAACCAUGACAUAGUUGAUUUGUCUAGUGAGACAAAGGUCAAGGUCAAGAGAAAGGUCAUGUGUAAAGUUCACAAGGACGAGAAUAUCAAAUAUCUUUGCAAAGAUUGUAAAACAGCUGUUUGUCAAACAUGUUGCAUUAUCCAUCACAGGAAAUGUGACAUGGUUGUUGAAAUUGAGUCAGAGAUUCCUGCAAUGAAAACCGAGCUGAAAAAGAAUAAAGAGAAUUUGUUAAAGAAACACGAUGAGAUGAAAACAUAUGUUGGAAAACAAAACUCCAUUGUCAAAGAAGAAUUGGCGCUUUAUAUACGAAUAGAAUCAAGUAUCAAGUCUGCAAGUCUCAGAGCAAUACAAAUGAUGAAAGCCAAGGAACGGAAACUUCUGUCUGAACUGAAAGAGAUGUCUGACAGACACAUUGGACAACUGAAGGCAGACAUUAAGUCAGGUGAGAUGUCAGUGCAGAUGUACCAACAACAGACUGAGCUGAUAGACCAGGCUCUACAAUCUGAGUGUGACAUGAAUGUGUAUGAGAUAUAUCAGGGAUGUGAGGCCGGUGAUGUGCAGGCUGUCGGAGUCGUAGACGUUAAGGAGAAGGGAAGAAUAGACAGGAUAACAUUCAGACAGGACUCGGACAAGCUGAGUAGAGCACUGGAAGAUCUCCAUCUGGGUGAGAUACACGUCCAGUGUGACGAUGUGCUGGACCUGAAGGCUGCUCCUGUGUUACAGGACACCAUUAACGUGCUGGACCUGAAGGCUGCUCCUGUGUUACAGGACACCAUUGAUGUGCUGGACCUGAAGUCUGCUCCUGUGUUACAGGACACCAUUAUUGUGACAGUAGCAGGAGAUGCAGGUGGAGGAUACCCCAUUGACGUGACGGUGUUAGAGGUGAAUGGUACAGACACAGUGGUAGUUACAGACUUCGAGAACAACAGUGUCAAGUCCUUCUACAGCAGUAACAGUCAGCCGGGUCACAGCAAGCUCAAUCUGGUAGGUAAACCCUAUGGUAUAGCAAGGCUGAAACACAACCUGGUGGUUGUCACUCUGCGGGAUACCAGUCAAAUUGUAACAGUUGAAGUGACCCCUGACCUAGUGUUGCUGUCGACCAUCACAACCAGCAAACAGUACUGGGGUAUAACGUCUCCUACACCAUCAACACUAGCAGCAAGUUCCGAGUCCCCUCCCUGUGUUGAUAUCCUGGAUAUGUCGGGACACGUGCUGAAGUCAGUUUGCCCUCGCCCCAAUGGUUGAGAUAUCUUAAAGCUCCCCAACUUCCUCUGUACCACGAGGACAGGAAACAUCCUGGUGUCUGACUGGGGAACCAACUGUGUCGUGUGUCUGACUCCCGAGGGUGAU